AGACCCCCGGCCGGCGAGACGUGACGGGGCCAAAAGCUUACUCGGCUCUGGACCAAGCGCUCGCUCGCUCGCUCGGCCCCGUCUCGAUCGCGACUGCUGGUGUCGAUCAACUCCCGCAUCGGGCCCACAAGAAGCCGAGAAAUACCAAGUGCCAUUUCAUCACCACUCUUCAUCACCACUCUGUGUUCGCUAGGCCGGACUGGAUGUAUCCCACACGGACUUGCCAACAAAUCGAACCAUUAAACGAGAACUAAUCUUUCGGGUGGAUUGCAUAGGACUGACGUACCCUCUAAAACUCCUCGCCCCGUCGGAUCCUUGUGGAAACGACCGAUAACAACAUCCAUCCACUCGCAAGUUUUCAAACAAGGAACAAUUUCUUGACUCGGACUGGUAACCUCGAGGCUAAAGUUGACCCCCAAAAAUGCCCUGCCUGGAGCCGGAAUUUGGGGACGCUGGGUGGGCCAACUUCUCGUACUACGACGACUACCAGUCUGAUGGCAGGCCCCAUCCGGAGACGAUCUUGGUGCCCUUGUCCUGGUCGCUGAUCGUGGCCGUGGGAGUCAUCACCAACGCCCUGGUGGUCUUCGUGGUGGUGUUACAGAUGAAGAUGUCCACGGUCACCAACUACUACAUUGUUAACCUGGCUCUGACCGACCUCACCUUCCUCCUGUUCUGCAUACCUUUCACCACCAUGACCUUUAUACCUCACAGCUUCCUGAACGAUGGCAUCUGCACAGUCGUGAUGUACGUUCAACAGGCGUCUGUCCAUGCCACUUGCAUGACGUUGACAGUGAUGAGUGCAGAUCGUUACUUCGCCAUCGUGUUCCCAAUCAAAUCCUUGAAGUACAGAACCAGGCGACUGGCAUUUCUCCUCAACCUUGGCGUCUGGAUACUCUCGUACAUUAUGGCUGUGCCGUCGGCCGUCUUUGUUGAGGUCUUCCACCAGGAUGAUUACUGGACCUGCUGCGAAACCUUCCACACCCACCGCGAUCGGGGGGUGUACUACACUUACGUGUUCCUCACUACCUACAUCAUACCGCUGGCCAUCAUCUCGGUCUGCUACUCGCUUCUCCUGUUCGAGAUGUGGACUAAGCACAACCUGACGGCCAGUACCACCCUCCGGGCUCGCAAGAACCUUCAGCAAAAGAGGCGCACCACGCGCAUGCUCCUGAUGGUCGUGUUCCUGUUCUUCGUCUUCUGGCUGCCCACGCACAUCUUCAACUGCUGGGAUCGCUACACCAAUGGCGGGCCAGACUUCAGCAAGCACGAGGCCCUGUACAACUUCCGGAUCUUUUCCUAUACUCUGGCAUACUCCAACUCCUGCGUCAACCCCUUCGUCUACGCCUUCAUGGGUAACAACUUCCGCACCAGCUUCAAGAAGGCGUUCCCCUGCUGCUUUCGGCGGCAGAUUGGGGCCAGGGGCUCCACCCGGCGGAUGCAGAGGCGCGGGACCGUGGAUGGCGCAACGAGGGUGACAGUGCUUGCGCCGAGGGAGGAUAUUGAAAUGAAUAUGAAUAACAACAUGGCGCCUAUGGUGCAGGCAGCGUUGUAAAAACCAAACACAGUAGCCGAACUCAUUCAUAGUCUUGGAAGCAUGCGGGUUCUUCUGUCCGAAUAACAGAAUUAACUCAUUAAAUUAAACCUUUCUCAGUUGUAAAAAGUGUGAUACACUCAUUGUUUAAUAAGCACGUAAUUAAAAAAAGGGUCACCACAUCACAAGAUGCUUCCAUUCAAGACUUGGUCAUCUAAUUAAGCUCAAUUAUUAUCAUCGACUAGUAAUCAAUGCUUAAGACUUUCGUGUGAAAAAUCGUGUCCGGCGACAAGUUGCGGAUUCGAUGUCUGGUUUUUUGUUGUUGUUGUUGUUGUUGUUGCAUUAAUCAAUGAUUGUGUUUCAAAAAUUUGAGCGACGAUUUUUUGUCAACCAAUGGUCGAUUUUGCCUGGUACCCAGGAUUGUUUUGUGCAAAGGUUUAACAAGGGGAAAUCGAAAAGUGGUCCGCAACAUGGUCGUCGCUCGAACGUGCCCACAAUACCCCGUGAUGAUGAAUGGCAUUUGAACUUAAGGUAUAAUUAGGUUAGUGAAUCUCUGCUGAGUGACAAUAAAGGUUUGGAGUGUGUCAGAUCAGACCAA